UCCUUCUCAUGUCUAUUCUUCCCUCCCAACUAGUCCUUAUCUCUCUAUGAAACUGCACUCCACUCCACUCCUUCUCCAUGGAGGAACGCCAAAAAGAAGGUUUUAUUUUGCCCACACCAAUGGCAAAACUGAUAUCUUUUCAAACGGAUUUGCUCUUCAACGGUCUGGCUUUUGUCUUUUCCCCGAUCCACUCUCUUUUUCCAGUGGCUCCACAGUCCUACCACCGAGCUGAGGAGACCAGAGACAAUGCUGAAUCAGCGGUGCAACGUGUUCCUUCUCAAAUGACUCAUGGCAGCACUCACUUGCUGAAGAAACUGGGACUUAGCUUUCUGACCGCUGCGUAUGUGUGCAUGCUUCUGAUUUUGGUUCUAUUUCUGGCUACCGUGGUGGGUGUUGGUUUGGUUCGGUUCUGGGUGGAGGAACCCGUGUCUGUUAAGGAAAAUCUGCAUUUUGAUUACACUGAAGCUCACCCUACAGCUGUGUUUUUGUUCAACGGAUUUACCAGCUUUAAGGGCCAACUCAAGAAAAAGCACAUAAGUGUCCCACUUGGUCACACAUUUUUCGCUUCUUUGGUUCUAGUGAUGCCUGAAUCUGACUUCAAUAGGGAUCUUGGCGUGUUUCAGUUGAAUGCAGAACUCUUAUCUGAGAAUGGAAAAGUGAUAUCAAAUUCUAGCCAGCCAUGCAUGUUGAGGUAUAGAAGCUCCCCGGUUCGACUAGCCCGAACCGCUAUGAUGGGCGUGCCUCUGGUACUGGGAAUCUCAGGGGAGACUCAGAACAUUAAUGUAGAAAUCUUGAGGCACAAAGAAGACUAUAGAAGAAGCCAUGCUAUUAAAGUAACUCUGCAUCCAAGAGCAGGAUCAUCAUCUCUUCCACAGCUAUAUGAAGCUGAAGUUGUGAUGAAGUCCCAUCUGCCUUGGACUAAAGAGUUGGUCCGAAAUUGGAAGUGGACCUUUUAUGUUUGGGUCUCCUUGUAUGUCUACAUUGGGCUACUUAUGCUUCUCCUAUGUUGUUAUAGGCCACUCAUUUUUCUAGGGAUACCACAGUUGUUCAGUGAUCAUAGAGUGAGACAAUUCACUAGUGAACAUAACGAAUUACAAGCCGGGGAAUUAGGAGAUGAAAGUGAGGCUUCUGAGUUGUUGAGGAAAUGGAGAAGAAGCAGAAGAAAGAGAAAAACUCCCACCCUGGAACAUGAGGGUGUUCCAGAAACCUUUGUUGGUUCAUCAGCAUCCAGCAUUAGCAUGACUACUAAAGAAGAUGUUACCAGUGUGGAACAGGAUGUUGAGGACUCUGAAUCGGUGUGCAUAGGUUAGAGGGAUGAUAAAUUGGUCUUGAGUAAGUUUUUUUAUUAUGGUUGUUUGCAAGUGUGUGAUCUUUUGUAAUCUGCCACUGCAUGUUAUUAUGGUUUCAAAAAGUAACAUUUUGCACAAUAAUGUCACAACACUUCUGUUAGUGUAUCUAGAAACAUUGCAUUACAUAUAUAUAUUAUAUGUUGGCUUGUGACAUGAAA